UGUGUGUGCAGUGGAACGGGGCGUAAUGACACCUGAGGGCGUUGAGGACAGCUGAAGUAUACUGAGGCGAAUAGGUUUCCACUGCCCAAAAGAGAAAAAAAACAAACGCCUUCAACGCGUCCAGCUGAUUUCUUGUAAAUUGUUGGACGAAAGCGAAAGUAGAAAUUUCGUAAAGUAGACGGAUUCGUUUGGGAUGAGUCAGUAAAGAGCAGUCAGACCCAGGCAAUAGUCCCAGUCCUCACCAAAGCUCAAACUGAGAAGAAGAAGUCAGAGGAUCUGACACAAAAUGACAGACGAGAAAAGAUAUGACCCCAAAGACACGACUCUGAAGUUCGUCAACAGGCCUGAUGAUCUGGAUCCACUGCCCCCAGAAGAUGGAGACGAGUGUCUCAGAGCAGAAAUGUCCUGUGGACACGCAGUCACUCCAGAGUCACUGACAGGCUGGUGUCGCAGCCUGCUCGAUCAGGGCCAGUACAAAUUCAGGUGCCCGGCUUUGAAGGACGGCACCGAGCAGCAGUGCAAUGCUCUGUGGCCUUACCAAGAGGUUCGCAGACUGGCAGUGCUGACCAUGGAAGAGAUGCAGUACUUUGAGGAGCACAUGGCUCAUCUGGCUGCCAGUGAAUACUGUGAAUUCAAAACAUGUCCUGGGUGUAAAACCAACAUUGAGAGAGAGGACCUCACAAACCUCAAUGUGGAGUGCACGAUCUGUCAGGCAGACAAGAAGCCAUACCAGUUCUGCUGGCAGUGUCUGAAGACGUGGAAAGGUCGAGCUCCACGCUCUGACCGCUGCGACAACGACGGCUGCGUCAACCACGACCUCGAGAUUCUCAAGAACUGCAAGGACACCGCGCUUUCUGAGGUGCAGGGGGUCGAGAAGUGUCCCUCCAUCCGGGCCUGUCCCACCUGUGGCCAGCGCGUGGAGCACGACAAGACAGGCUGCAAGAACAUCAUCUGUCCCCGUUGUCAGGUGGAGUUCUGCUUCGUGUGUCUGAAGCUCACUGAGGAGUGUCUGCUGACAAGCUCCUACUUCAUCCCGUGCUCUGACGGCGUGGCGCCCAGACAAACGUUGAUACCUGUGUGGCACAGAAACCUAGAGGAAACAUGCAUACGCUUCUUCUUAUCUUAGCUCAUACUGUUUUAGAAUUUAGUUCCAAUACCAUAGUUAGAUUCUUGUAGAAUAAAACAAACAAAAAAAAGAACCCUUCAUCUUUGUCAUCCUCUGGCAGAGUAAAUAUGUCUUGCUCCUUUGUUUGUUGUUGGUGUUUAAUGUCAGUUGGCAUCUGUAAUCUUGCAUUUCUGCCUUUUUCUUAUGCUGUUGUGUAAUCACUUGAUUUUAUAGUUGCUGUUGAAGGUUUUUCAAGUGAAUGCUCAAUGACGGUUAAUCAAUAACUGCGGUAUAACUUAAUAAAGGCUUAAUAUACACAAAUACAGACUGUUUAUUUGGUGUCUCACCCA